AUGUUACCCAACUUGCAGGAGCUCUUUGCAUGGACUGCCCCCAGUGACCACGAGCUGCUUGCGGUGAUCUUCCUCUUGGCGGUUAAGGGCGUCAGCAAAUUCAGAUCGCUCACGCGACAGCUUCCAGCAGGACAUCAGAGGCCAGAGAAGGCAAUGAAGUACAUACUCGAUACCUAUCCAAGGGCAGUUCCAUCGGCCAGUAGCUUGGGGAGCAGUGUCCAGCAGCUGGUUGGAAACAUGCUGAAGAUGCAGGGGACCUUCAACUUUGCCCAGAUGCUCCAGGGCGAGAACGUUCCUGCAAAUCUUCGGGACCUCAAAGACAUUGUUCAGUCACAGGGGGGUGAAGAGCUGUUGAAAUUUUACGUGCUCUAUCUUCUGGGAUUCAUGAGCGGCCUAGCGGGUGGAAAGGGCUCGCGAUUCAUGACGCGUAGCAAUGCAAGAGCCACGCUCUUGGGACUCGCGACGCUCAAGCACGCCAACCAGCAGGAUCCGGCCCCGCUGUACUGGACGUACAUCCACCACCGUGGGCUUGAGCUGAGGAAGCGGGCCGAACAGCCUGCAGAUUUGGCUUUGCUUCGCCUUGCAUGCAACUGCCGGGCGCAAACAGCCGACGAUGUAGCGCAGCUUCAAGAAGCCUGGGAUGGCCUCACAGCGCAAGAGCAAGCUGAACUUACCAAGCACUUCUUGGCCGAUGGAAUUACCACACGAGCAAUUGUCUGUGAGUUCCUACCUUUGUGCUUGGAGCGUGCACGAACGAACCCGUUUGUGACGGUCCGCGCACUUCUGCAGGUUCUUGUGGAGCUCUUGCAGGCUGUUCAAGCAGCUGCCCCCAAGGACCUGAAAAUCGUCACGGUGGAGCUCGCAGACUUGGCAGCCUUCAUCUUGAUGGUGCAGAACGGCUAUGUGUUCACAACAUGCCUGGCUCGCGCCACGCUCACUCUGAAGGAAGACAGGUUCCACCUGGAUGUGUCGGCUGAGAACUGGCGCAGGGUCCGCGAACCUCCUUCAGAUGUCGUUCUACUUGCAGGUUCCGUUCGCGAGCUGGUAUACAAGUCGAGGAAGAUGGAUGAUGCAAAGACUGUGGCCGAGACACUUCCAGGAGCCAUGGCUUCGACAUCAAUGGCACAAGGCUUUCAAAACCUGGAGUCCGAGUUGCAGGAUGCUUUUGGGCGCAUUCAAAAGCACCUGAGAGUCCUGCGGGACGACUGCAUCUCCGACACGAAAACUGCAGGGACUGGAAUCACCGAAGGCGUUGACGUGUCUGCACGUAAGGGCUCUUUUGAAAGAGUGGACUCACUGGGGGACUGGCUCCUAAAGGACGAUGUAAUGUCGAUCCCUUACGAGGAGCCUGCAACCCUGUCUGGUGAUGCGUUACAGCUUUCUGCAGAGAUGUUGGGCACCAGCGCUCAUUCGCACAUGCGCUUGAAUUCGCACCUCAUGGAGCUUUCCAUGCGAGCAGCGGAAUCUGUGCACGCGUUGAAGAAGGUCAUCCCUCCAAACUCCAAGUUCCGCUUGAUCUGGGAUCUCUGCGGCGUCCUCCUCAUUGUAUGUGAUGCGUUCCUGCUUCCCAUGACCAUGGCUUGGAACUGGGAGAUUACCCCAGUGCCUACAUCGAACAGCGUGUCAAGCCUUGUGCUGCAACUGUUCGCUAUUGCUUCGUUGCUCUUCUGGCCCUUAGAUAUCAUAGUAAAUUUCAAUACGGCAUUCUAUGUUCGCGGCUUUAUCGAAACUCGUCGAUGGGAGAUAGCAAAGCGCUAUGCCUACACAUGGCUCAGCUUCGAUGUGUGUGUCGUUAUGGUAGACUUUGCUGCAGGCUUCUUGGGGCAGGCAACAGAGGAUGCACCAGCGGAUUUCUUGCAGCCGCUGCGGUCUGCUCGGUAUCUGCGGAUUUUGCGCACAAUUCGGAUUCUCCGCAUUCUCAAAGCGGGCAAGAUCAAUGUCCUUCUCGAGAACUUGGUCAUAUCAAUGGGGCGGCAAUGGCUCAUCCUUGGCUUUACAGUGGGUAAGAUGCUGGUUGCCAUUGGGGCCGUUGCGCACAUUCUAGCAUGUAUCUGGUUUGCGUUGGGUGACACCAUAUCCGCUUCAACGGGAAACAGCUGGCUCAACAUUGCUGCUUGGAUCUAUUCAACGCCUGAAUUGUUCUCAACUAGCUUUGUAGACCUGCGUAACGCACGGAUCAAGGAGGAGUCUUUUCAGAUUCAGUACAUUCAUUCGCUGACUUGGAUUCUGCUCCCGCCGGCACCAGCUCCUCUUGAUCCUCUCAGCGGCAUUGAGCACAUGGCGGACUCCGCAGCCGAAGCCCUUUCCACCUCCGCGGCUUCCUGCUACUUGGACAAGCACCAUGAGUGUCAUUGGGGCGCAGCCUGUGACAAGAUAGACUGCUGGCGGAUCCAUCCGCCAGUUUCGCCUCCACAGGAUUUCUGCCUGUACCUCGAUGAGAUUGCCAUGAAUCGCCCAGACGUCCCGGCCAUGCCGACGGACAAGGAGGUCUUCAUCGACCCCUUGCCGUUUGAGAAGGACACUCAGGAGCUGUCGCAGUUUUUGUCAGCCUUUGGAGAGGUCGAGGAAGCUGACAUGGCAUUUUGCGGGGUGCCUGCGCUGAUGGGCGAGCCCACUCUGGACCUCCAGGAAAUUUGGGAGGAUGCAGCCGACAGUGCCAAUGUCUUCAUCAUGAACGCUGCAAUCGCCUCUUGCAUCAGCUGCCGGAAAUGGAAGCAAGCAAGCUUUCUGUUUGCAGACAUCUCGUCAAGCGGUAUCCAGUCCGAUGGCAUCACUUACAACAGUGUACUUGGGAUGUGCGAUCUAGGCCUUUGGCAACAUGGUUUGAAUCUGCUAGAAGGUAUGACAACAGUGGCCUUGCAGCAGGAUGUUUUCUCUUGCAAUACUGCCCUAAACGGAUGCAACAAAGCAGCAACCUGGCAGCGAGCGCAAAAUGUAUUCGAAUUGCAGAAACAGCUCGCCAUCUCUCCAGAUACCAUCACAGCUAACUCCAUACUCAGUGCGUGCGCAGCUUGCCGGCGUUGGAAGGACGCUGCGGUCCUGCUGGGAGGUAUGUCUUCCACCUGUCUGCAGUCAGAUAUCAUCUCUCACAGCUCUGCUCUAGCUGCUUGCUCUGGAAGGCAGUGGGUGCAGGGGACGGUCCUCUUAAGGCGGCUGCAGAACAGGCACAUACGCUUAAAUGUGCUCACCUGCAAUACGGCGAUCAGUAGCUCCGCAGACAGGCAAGAGUCUAAAACGGCUAAUUCUGGCUGGCGAUUGGCGCUGCAGGUUCUUGGUGAGAUGGGUGAGAUGGCACAAGUCAGAAAGGAUGUGAUCACCUACAAUGCAUGCAUCGCUGCAGCGAACACAGCAAACCGCUGGGAGCUUGCCCAGCAGUUGUUCCGACAUACAUCGCAAGCGGGCCUGGCUCCAAAUGUUCGGACUCUCAAUGCCUUGGUGGCAGCUUCUGAUGAAGGUGGUCGGUGGCAAGGCAGCAUCGCACUGCUGGGCACCAUGCAUGUGGCGAGCUUGCAGCCCGAUGAGGAAAAUGUGGUCACCUUUGGGACAGCUCUGAAUUCAUUUGCAGAAGAAGCCCGGUAUAUCUUGCAGCGGAUGCGAGAUGGCAAUAUGCAGCCCAAUCUCACCACCUUCAACGCUGCACUCAAUGCGCGUGAGACAGGCCACAUUUGGAAGGGUGCGGUGCAGCUGGUCACCCAGGCGGUGGAACUGAGGCUGACACCUGGCGUGUUGACACAGUGCGCUGGGACAGCUGCUGCUGCAAGGUCUGCCAAGUGGGAUUUAGCACUGUUUCUAUUGCAAGACUUGGGGCCUGAGGAGUCUCGUACUGAUCUUGUGGCAUAUUCUACAGCCGUGGAUGCUUGUCUAUGUGCAAAACGCUGUGAGCCAAUCUUUGUCUUGCUGGAGGAGCUGAAGAAUAGCAGAGUGGAGCCAGACACUGGGCAUUCCAGCGAGACACAACGCAACACAUUCAUUGCGACAGAGCCCGCCAUCAUGCUUGCAGCUGAUGUAGCUUCCCCUUCUGUUGGAUAUGCUACCGCUUCCACACCACGGAUGUCAACCUGGUUGGAAGCUGUUCAGAAGGUGCGGGAAGCCCCUGUGUUCCGAAUGCAGGCAAACGAGAUCACCUACACACAGGAGGAGUUGCUCCAACCAAACGUCGUGGCGUAUGGUGCCGUAAUGCAGGCUCUUCGCACUGCUGGAGGGGCACGGUGGACCCAAACUUUAGGCUUUCUCUCCAACGCCCAAGAUGACAUGUUGGAGGGUAGCCUCAUCAUGUACAACGUAACCAUGGGAAGUCUGGGCAGGACGGCUGGGUCGCAGUGGGCGCGAUGCCGCUUGCUACUCGAAGAGUUGUCUCGGAUGCAGCUGCAACCUGACGUGGUCACGUACAACUCUGCAAUCUCUGCUCAAGCUGCACUGUGGAGGCAGGCACUGGCAUUGCAGGCAGAGAUGCGGCCAACAAAUCAGCCUGGAAACACCAUAACUUUUAAUUCCGCCUGCAAUUCGUUGAGCAAGAGUGCUGCCUGGCGCCGCGCACUUGAUCAAUUCAUCGAGGCGGCUGUGACGCGCACCGCGCCUGACUUGGUCAUGAUAAACACCUUGACAAGCGCUUGCAAAUCGGAGUGGUCUAAGGGCUUAACUCUCCUAGAGCUUGCAGGGGCGCAGCAGGUGCACGAUGCCUUUACGCAUGUUGCCAGCAUCUCGUCUUUUGAGUCUGCCGCUCGCUGGCAGCAGGCACUAGGCAUCCUCAGUUGCUUUGGGGCUCGGCGGUUGAGGCCCAACACGAUUGCAUACAAUGCGACGGGUGCCGCACAUGAUGCUGGGGAGCAGUGGCUGCAGAGCAUGGCCUUGCUCAGGGAGCAGAAGGUGCGCCAACUGUUUGCUGACAUUGUCUCAUAUGGCUCGGUCAUCAGUUCUUGUGAGGGGUCUGCACAGUGGCACGAGGCUCUGAGCAUUCUGCGAGGUUGCGAAGUGUCUUCAGGGCCUAAGCCAGACCUGAUUGCCUACAAUGCUGGCAUCAGCGCCUGCAGAGGGCGCCAAUGGCAUCUGGAGAAGGGGCAGCAGUGGCAGCUGGCACUAGCUCUACUCCGGAGUUUACCCAGAAAUCGCUUGAGCACAAAUGCGGUUGCCUUUAGUGCAACAAUCAGUGCUUGCGAGAAGGGCUUGCAGUGGCAACUUGCACUAGACCUCUUGGCACAGUUUGAGGAGCAGAGCUUCCAGACUGACAAAGUUGCCAUCAACGCCGCUAUAAGUGCUUGCGAGAAAAGUGGGAGGUGGACCCAUGCACUAGGCCUCGUUGCCAAACUGGAGCGAAGCAACCUGCAAGGCGAUGUCAUCACUUUUUCCACUGCCAUAAGCGCUUGCGCCAAGGGUGCGUGUUGGCGACCGGCCCUGGUGCUUCUGGCCAAGCUGCAUGAUGCAUGCAUUGAGCCAAAUUUGAUUACUUGCAACGCCGUCCUGUGGGCAUGUGUAGUAUGUGAGCGGUGGGCGGAAGCAUUGCACAUGUUCAAUCUUUUUCGCAGCCAAGCUUUGCGAACCGACGUGGUCACGCUUAGUGCUGUCAUCUUGGCUGAAGAGCUCGGGGUACGUGCCCCCGAGCUGCAGCCAUAUUUCGUGAACGUUACAACUGCAGCACUGCGAGGCUACAGCUACCUUCCAACAGCAAUGGCUUCACCAUCUCUGGCGCAAGGUCUCCAAAACUUGGAGAGCGAGUUGCAGGAUGCAUUUUCGAGAAUUCAGGAUCAUCUUAGACUCUUGCGUGAAGACGCUGGCUCAGAAGUGAAAGACCAGACUGAUGCAGUUCAGGCGGCGUCUGCAGGACAAAGUUUUCUAGCAAAGGACUCGCUGGGGGACUGGCUACUGAAAGACGAUGUAGUGUCCAUCCCCCAAGAGCAAGGGCACCAUCCUCUUUCCGGUGAUGCGCUAUAUCUCUCCGCGGAGAUGUUAGGCGCAGCUCAUUCGAACAUGCGCCUAAAUUCGCACCUCAUGGAGCUUUCCAUGCGAGCUGCGUCAUCUGUACAUGCUCUCAAGAAAGAGCGCAUGCGAAGUGGCAUGAUAGCGCCUCUCAACUCUAACAGUCCACAGGCAAGGACUCUCCGGCUAAGCACAGAGCUUCAGGCCUUCGAGUCCGUGUUGAAGGUGUUCCCUCCUAAUUCUACCUUCCGCUUGGUGUGGGAUCUCAUAGGCGUCCUCCUGAUUGUGCUGGAUGCUUUCCUCCUUCCAAUGACUAUGGCUUGGAGCCAGUGGGAGGUAACCCCAGUGCCUGACUCCACAGGGGUGGGCAGUAGAGUUCUCCAAAUGUUUGCAAUUGCAUCCUUAGUUUUCUGGCCCUUGGAUAUCGUGGUGAAUUUCAACACCGCGUUUUAUGUUCGCGGCUUUAUCGAAACUUCGCGCUGCGAGAUUGCCAAGCACUACGCAAAAUCUUGGCUAGCCUUUGACAUAUGCGUGGUUGCCGUGGACUUUGCCGCAGGCUUCUUGGGGAAGGUAGCGGAAUCCACGUCAGCAGAUUUCUUGCAGCCGCUGCGGUCUGCCCGGUAUCUGCGGAUUUUGCGAACAAUUCGCAUUCUCCGCAUUCUCAAAGCGGGCAAGAUCAAUGUCCUUCUCGAGAAUUUGGUCAUAUCAAUGGGGCGGCAAUGGCUCAUCCUUGGCUUUACAGUGGGUAAGAUGCUGGUUGCCAUUGGGGCCGUUGCGCACAUUCUUGCGUGUAUCUGGUUUGGGUUGGGUGACAGCAUAUCCGCUGCAACGGGGAACAGCUGGCUCAACAUCGCCAAAAUCGACACGGAGUCUUUUGAGAUCCAGUACAUCCAUUCGCUCUUCUGGAUCUUACUUCCGCCUGCUCCUCCCCCUUUGGAUCCCACCAGUGGGAUCGAGCACCUGGCUGUGCUGACCCUGUUUGUGAUCACGGUGCUGGUGAUCGGAUCAGCGUUGUCCAUCCUUACGGGUACCCUCAACGAGAUCCGGCAGGUCAACAGCGAACGCAGCAAGAAGCGGCGGAACCGCAAAGUGCCGACUGAGCUGCUGAUGAGGGUUAUGAGCUACGCUGAUUACAAGAUGACGCGGCACUCGCCCAUCUCCUAUGAUCCCAGCUUGAUCUCGCCUAUGCUUGAGGCAGAACUGGCCACAUCUCAGUUUGGAGAGGUCUUGAAUUCCCAUCCAUUGUUCGAGUUUGUAUCUUUAGCGUACCCCAUUGUCUUCGCAGAGUGCUGUCGUACUCUGAAGAAGCUUUUCUUCUGCGAAGGUGAAUCUGUCUUCAGCGAAGGAGCACUAGCAGAGAAGAUGUACAUCACCAAUCAUGGCACCUUCAGGCUGCAGGCUGAAGCAUUUCCCAACGAUCAAGUGUUUUUUGAAGAUGAUUGCCAGUACUUUGCUGAGAUAUCUCUGUAUGUGGAGGCUGUCAUGCAUGGGUGCAGUUUGCACACGGAUUCGUUUUCUGAAGUCUUUUCGCUGGAAGCCGCAGAUUUCGCAAAGGUUCUUACCAACUCACCCUUGUGCACCACAAUGGUUGUGGAGUAUGCCACAGACUACAUUGCCCGCUAUUCCACUGCCUCUGUAACUUCUCAAGUCGGAGUUUGGGACAAGAUUGAGCGAGAGCAGGAAUGCGCCAGAACAGCCUGUGCAAGCAAUUCCUUCUACCUGGAAGUGAAUGUGGACAGUAGACUAGUUCUUGAUACCCUGGACCUCUCUGAUCUCCAAAGCCCCGUGGUCAAGUCAAUCACCAUGGGCCACAUUCGUUCGACUUCUGAUAGAUCCCGGGACUCCUACAAUUUUGAUGAGUCUCAGCCUGCAGCGCAACUUAUAGGUACAGGCAUAGAUGGCAUGGAUCUCACAGCUUGCUUGACACCUAUGGACUUUGUCACCUCAGUGGUACAUAGCGACGAGACGGUAGGGAACACUCUCGCAAGCUUGCGCGAAGCAUUUGUGGAACUGGAUCCCGAAUCCGGGUUGCAUGCAAGAUAUUCGGAUGCCAAUGAGCAGGAACGAGCAGAGUCCGCAAUUUUGAGCCUAAUCGCCAUAGUGCGGAAUGACUACAACUUGUACACUGCCGCCCAACCUCAAAAGAGCUGCUUGGCCAAAUCUCAGUGGCACAACCUGCAGGACCUUUUUUCAUGGACUGCUCCAAAUGACCAGAAGUUGCUUGCCGUGAUCUUCCUCUUGGCAGUGAAGGGUGUUAGCAAAUUCAGAUCCCUCACGCGACAGCUUCCAGCAGGAAACCAGCGGCCAGAGAAGGCAAUGAAGUACAUACUCGAUACCUAUCCAUUGGCAGUCCCAUCGUCGGCAAGCUUGGGGAGCAGCGUUCAGCAGCUGGUUCGCAAUUUGUUGAAGAUGCAGGGGACCUUCAACUUUGCCCAGAUGCUCCAGGGCGAGAACGUACCUGCAAAUCUUCGAGACCUCAAAGCCGCCAUUCAACCGAGAGGUGGUGAAGAGCUUCUGAAGUUCUACGUUCUCUACCUUCUAGGAUUCAUGAGCGGCCUGGCGGGUGGUAAGGGCUCGCGAUUCAUGACUCGCAACAAUGCCAGAACAACUAUCCUUGGACUCGCCAUGCUCAAACACGUCCUGGAGCAGGAUCCGGCCCCGCUGUACUGGACCUACAUCCACCACCGUGGGCUUGAGCUUGGGAAGCGGGCGGAACAACCUGCAGACUUGGCUUUGCUUCGCCUUGCCUGUACCUGCCGGGCGCAAACGGUGGAAGAUGUGGCCCUUCUCCAGGAUGCCUGGGAUGCCCUCACCGCACAGGAACAGACAGAACUGACCAAGCACUUCCUGGCCGAUGGAAUUACCACACGAGCCAUUGUCUGUGAGUUCCUACCUUUGUGCUUGGAGCGUGCACGAACGAACCCGUUUGUGACGGUCCGCACACUUCUGCAGGUUCUUGUGGAGCUCUUGCAGGCGGUUCAAGCAGCUGCCCCCAAGGACCUGAAAAUCGUGACGGUUGACUUGGCCGACCUUGCGACUUGGUACGCAAUCAUGAGGAAUAGCUAUGUCUUCCAAACCUGCCUGGCUCGCGCAACGCUCACGCUGAGGGAUGACCGUUUCCACGUGGAUGUGUCGCAGGAGAACUGGCGCAGAGUUAGCGAACCACCCUCUGAUAUUGUGUUGAUUGCAGGUUCCAUCCGCGAGCUUGUGUACAAGUCAAGGAAAAUGGAGGACGCCAAGAAUGCGACUCAGCAACAAGUCCUGGUGCACUGCCACUUCUGA